GCGUAAGCUUGGUCCUUUACCAUCAUCACUUAGUUUCUUGCUGUCACCUUUACACGAGCUCUCGCCGCUCGCACUCACACCUGAAACUGGGAUUCUGAAUUUUGUUACCAUAUUGUCUGGCCGAACCUUAAGAACUCCCUCCGACUCUCUGCGUCGCGGGAAUGAAGAUAGCACAGAAGUCCAAAAAGGUUUCCUCUCCGCUGCCUGAGGUGGCGGAGUUCAUGGAUAAUCUAUUGGCAACUCCCGUAGAGGAGCUGGCGAAUGUCUUGUGUCAAAUCGACUCAUGGAAGUGGCCUCGUUCCGACCUCCAUACCUGGAUAAAAGUUCUGAACAAGUUCGACGAAGUCUUGGAGCAAAUCAUUGCUGAAUACGAGAUCGACAAGAUCCAGACGCGUGAUUUCACGCCCUCCACGAAGAGUACUGUAUGCGAGAUCCUGCGCUUCGAGAGACUCCUUCUGGAAAACUCCACGAAUAGGAAGACAUUCAAUUCCGUCUUCAUAGUCUGUUCCUUACGUCCGAUCUGGACGUUCUGAUUCUUUCGUUGAAUUUGCUUCUGCGUCCUGCUCAACAGUAUUCAGCACAACCCGCCGUAUUGCAUGCACUGAAUUUGUCAACACCACGUCUCACGUCACUCGCCAAGCGAUGGCCUAAUCUUCGAGAAUAUGAUCUCAACUUCGCUGACUUAGCUGGCGACAAAGGCACAGAAGCUGUUGAAGCACUUCCCCGCGAAGCUCGCGAAAUUCAUUUUUCUUUCUAUCCCAAAGGCUCUCAUCCUUCUACCAAGGAGAAAGAACCUGCUCCUGAACCUGACGUGUUCGAUUCGCCCGCCCUCCAAACACCAAAGAAAGGGGCGCCUGCUACCGCCGGUCCUAGUUCAUCUGGUCCAUCCACAGGAUCCGUGACCGUUCACAUCGAUAACCAAGCUGUGGAGUCGAGACCGACUAUGACCCUUCUCGCUGAAGCCGUUGAGACCUAUUCCGUCCCUGAAGACGAGAAGUUUGAGUUGCUUUGUCGCAUUCGUGCCGCAAAAGCCCUCAUCCCAGAUCAUGCUGAUGAUCGCGAGAAGCUGGUCACUGUCCGUCUCCUCUCCACCGCUAUCUUCGCACACACCCACACAGAGAGCCAAGCACAGUCUUCUCUGUUCAUCUACGAACCUGAUCUUGUCUCUCAUAUCGCUGAAGUGCUCCAACUUGACAGGGGCAUCGAUGUUCAGGUGCAAACUGCUGCCAUCAUGGCAUUGGAUGCUCUCGGCCGCUAUAAAGGCAAAAUUCAAGAAGUUCUAACUGCUGUGAACGCAGGGGUCAAUCAUGGUAUUCUCAUGGCCUUGCUUCGCAAGACUAUAUCACAAGUUGCAGAUCCGGAGUCGAAUAUUCCUCAGUCUUUCGUCGAAGCAUUGCUUGCAUUUGUCACUUUCAUCGCGACUCAUGCGUCUGGAGGAAAUAUGGUCGUCGGUGCUGGGUUAGUCCCCUUGCUCAUUCAAAUCAUCGAGAUCCGCCUGCCGCAGAGGCUAUAUGUCGUUUCAAAGGCUAUGCAGUUGGUUGACAAUGUCCUCUAUGGUUACACAAACGCCUUCCAGUUGUUCUGCAACGCACGUGGAGUUGACGUGCUCGUAGGCAGAAUUGAGUAUGAGGUUGAUUUGGAUCUGGAAGAAUGCGGGGAAGGUAAAGCUGGUCCUGAUGUCUCAGUGCCCUUCGGCAAAAUAUCCGUCGCUCGAGCGGCGGUUCUCAAACAUACCCUGCGUUCGAUGCACCGAAUGAUGCAAUCGUCUGGAUCGAGUGAAGGCCUGCGUGGGCUGCUUGACUCCUCUCUCCUGCGGUCAGUCAAGAAGAUCAUGGAGAAUCGAACCGUCUUUGGACCCGGUGUCCUGCCAAUUGCUAUCAACAUCAUGGCGACCUUCGUUCAUAACGAACCAACCUGUCUGAACGUUCUUCAAGAGGCCGGUCUUCCCGAUGCAUUCUACAAAGUUGUUGAAUCGGGUUUGGAACCUGUAAUCGAGGUUAUUCAAUCUGUCCCAAAUGCCAUUGGAGCACUCUGCUUGAACCAAUCCGGUCUCGAUCACCUCACUGCUCGGCCCACUAUUAUUCCAGGGUUCUUUUCCAUCUUCACUUCGGAGCGUCACCAGCGCGUCUUACAGGAGAAAGAAAACGCAGUUCUCAUUGGCACCUCAAUUGAAGAGCUGAUUCGACACCACCCCUCCCUGAAGGGGAUGGUAUUUGAGGCUAUCAAGACGACGUUGGACCGAAUUGAGACUCUGGGAAAAGAAUUCAUCAUCCCAGACGAUAUCAAGCAGUGGUACACACUCCAACCGGUCACCCCUGAUAGCGAUGUCGUGAUGUCUGAAGCAGUGCCAAGUAACAGUCUACUUUUCCAAGUAGAAGGCCCCCCUCAAACAUCUACAGAGAGUGAUGAUGGUAUUGUUGAAGACGAGGUUUCUGUAAAGCAACAUGACAACCCUAUCACUUCUCAUAUUGAUGUAUUCGGGAGGUUCCUCGAAGGUUUCUUCCAACACAUUCCUCAUUGCAGAGAAUUCGUGACGAACACAGACGGUCUUCAGCGGAUCGGAAGACUUACGGCUCUCCCUUGUCUUCCUUAUGAUUUCCCGAACAGCAUCGCAUCAGAUUCCUUAGUCCAAGUCGUUCGCACUAUGGUGGAAUCGGAAACGUCUGCCACUUUGGUGUUCCUCGUGUCUCUGGUCAAUGAAUCGCUAGAGGAAACAAAAUAUUUCCGCCAGGCACCUUCUGGAAAGCCUGAGCUUCAAGAUCUACUGGACAAUUGUCAAGGAGACGUGGAAGGGGCGAAUGACCGUUUCCGAAAACUGGUUACACUUCACGUGCGAAUCAUGCUUCUCUCAGAUAUCUACGCUACCGCCGGAUACCAAGGUCGCGCUACGGUCACUCUUCUCCAACAUCUAGUCAGCAGCGACGCGAAGAACAUUCUGAUCAAUCUCGGUUCCCUUCAUCGGGAGUGUGUUUGGGAUAAUGUUAUCCUAAAAACUCAUCCCGUGUUCAGCACCGUGGAUGUUCCUCCAAAUCCAGAUAGUUUGCAUUCUGCAGCUUCUGCUCUUCUGACAUCUGGUCCUGCACAAUUGAACUCCGGUGCGGGUUCGUCUUCCGCCAAUGGCCUGGAAGAAGCAUCGUCCGACACGCCAGCUUCUACGUUGUUGGCUGACAGAAGCCAGAAGAAGGCGAAGAAGGAGGAUAGUCCAACAGAGCAGAAUGCGAAGGCCUUGAAGCACCUCUCUACUCAGGUCCCCAACGCGCUCACUAACUUUUUCCAAUCCAUUGUCCGUUUGUUCUCGAUGAGGCGUGCUCCUGAUUCGACUCAGAAGCAGACAAUAUUCGAUGGCGCGAAUGUGGUGGCUGAAGUCAUCUUGAAUCACUUGGCCGAGAGGGAAUCUGAUGACAAACUGUCGCUUUUCGCAUACUACACAGUUAUGUUAGGCCUUACGUCCGUUUUUCUUUUCGAAGACCGUGGCAAUCAGAAGUCCAUACACACUGUCGUCUUCCAUGCUUUCUACCGCAAAGGGGGCAUCGAAGCGAUUGUGAAGCUUUGCAGGCAUUUCAUUAACAGUGUGGAGGAGAUCGUUGUGAUCAGAGCGGAAGACCGGUCUGAGGGGCAAGCUCAGGAACUGUUACACGCCCAUGGUGGUCUGAAGGUCGUCCUUCAUCUGCUACAUCCGAUGAUCAUGGCGAAACCUUCAUUCGAGUCGGCGCAAACAGCCCUCCUUUUCACUCCUGACAAGAAGGAUACCGACCCUGACUAUUUUGAACCCCACAACUUCGUCGUACGACUCAGGGUAUCUGUUCUUCCACUUUUACGUGAUCUUUGGGAAGCACCUUGGCUUGUUUCUGCUCCAUUGAGCGUCGCGAAGUCGGUGGUCCAGGUCGUCUUGGAGCUUCUCAAUACGGAAGGUGAAGUCAAGGAGGCUACUCCUGAUGUCACACAUGGCCCUACCAUUACGAACAUCGCAAUUCCAAGUCGUGCACCAGUCGUCGGUCCUGAUGAGAAUCGCAUUCGUCAGCUCAUGGACAUGGGUUUCCCUCGCUCAGCCUCUGAACGUGCCCUGGUGCGCGCCCGGAACAAUGUCAAUGCUGCAGCCGAGCUUCUUCUUGCUCACCCCUUCCCAUUCCCUCCUGAUCCACCAUCUCAGCCCAACGAACCCGCUCCCGCUCCAGUGGCUGACGCAGGUCCCGAGGCAGGUCCCGAGGCAGGUCCCGAGGCAGAACAAGCUGCCGAAUCGUCGAACGCCACUUCAGGAAACGAUGCACAGCCAGAAGAAACAGCGGAAGUCCCUGAAGGCCCUCCUGAGACCGAACCACCUGUAGUAGGCAAGACGACAGAUGAAUGGUUGCAAGAACUGAGCACGGCUCGGGAGUCACUAAAGGAGGAUGUAGGUCGGCGCGCACUCGCCCUAGUGGAUGAGCACCCAUCGCUUGUAUUUGAUGUUCAACGCGUCUUUGUCGGACCAUCAAGUGGUUACCGUGAACAGUCCAUUCAGUGCCUGCUUGGCGAUAUCAAGGUUUUUGCGCCGUAUGCGUACGAUCAUCAGGAACAUCCCUUAGCUGUCCGCUUGCGUCUGCUCGCACUUGUUCUGAGCGAACCUUCCGCGUCACACUCACUUUCCAGCACCGAAUCUCAGCACCUGAUGGAUCUACUCAUGUCGUUGUUGUUGUCCAAGCAUGGCAAUAAUGCAGGAAUCAUUCCUAACCCUCCUAAAUGGCUUGCUGCCCACUUUCUCGUCUCAGAGGCAUUGCUGAUGAUGGGAGAGGAACCACGUUCAAUAUCUUUGCCUAAAGAGGAUGAAGUUGUGGUGCAAGAAACCUUGGAAAACGGACCAUUAUAUCCGGAGGCUCGCAGGAUACUGUUCGACCUGUGCUUGAGACUCAUUGGCACUCCGACUCUUGGUCGUGAUGAACUGCUUUCAGCUCUGCGUUUGCUUAUUCUUCUUACUCACGACCAUAAGCUUGCGACAGAAUUUUCCAAGCAAAACGGUGUAGAAGCACUUUUCCGUUGUGUCAAAGCCGCCACAGCUGCCUCCAAUGCCAGUGGCAUACAUUCCUAUGUCGCCAUGAUCGUUCGACACGUUAUUGAAGACGCCUCUAUCCUGCGCCAUAUAAUGAAGCAAGAGGUCAAACGCUACUUUGCCAAUCCUCGUAAUCGCCUCGUGGAUACGUAUACUUACGUCCGUGGAUGCAGUUCAAUGGCUCUCCGAGACCCGCAUGUCUUCAUCCAGGUUACAGAGGAAGCAUGCCAACUUUCAAACCCGUAUGCGACGAAUAAGACCAUUAGCAUGAAGGACCAAGACAAGCAAUCAGAAGCCUCUGGUCAAGGCCUUGGAACGAAAGAAGAUUCCGGAGACAUGCAGAUAGAUGAAUCCACAAAUCAAUCCGGGAGCAUCUCUGAAUCAUUGGAAGCGACAAUGCACUUCUUGAUAUCGGAGCUUAUGAGGACCAUCAAGGACGAACAUACCCCGGAGCAAGCAACCACUACUGACGAAACUCAGAGUCAUCGGCCUAAUACGCUUUCCACUGAAUCGCUCUCCCGUCCGCCCGCUCCUUUGAGCUCGGCAGAUGGUCAGAAUUGGACGACCCGUGCAGGUGGCGAUAGUCAACCUUGGCUGGACAACACUACUAAGAACGUCGAUUACAUCUACUCGUGUUUCAUCAUGCAGUGUUUGACGGAGUUGCUCUUCUCGUACGACACUUGCAAGCUUGCUUUCUUGUCCUUCUCUCCCAAGAAGCGUCUACACACACCGGCGAAGGAAUCAGGAGUCCGACACAGGACCGCUGCGCUGCACUUCUUGCUCUCUGAACUCAUCACCUUUGGCACGAUUAAUCCCCAAGUCUCACCCGACGGCAAAAGGCAGAUCAUGCUGUGCAAUUGGGCCAUGUCUGUUAUCGUUGCCCUAUGUGUAGACACAUUCCCCACUCAAGAUGUGAAAGAUAUUCCGGCUGACCGAGUGUCCGUCCGCAAAUUCGUUCUCGAGGCUCUCAGCCGAGCCCUCAAGGAUCUUCCACCGUCAGACAACCUGGACGCCCGAUACGGUCGACUCCUAGCUUUAGCAGAUCUCUGCCAUCGGUUGCUGUCAGUACGCUUCAACAUUGGGCCCCGCAGGGGUAGCGACGAUGCACCGACUCACAUCGCCAAGAUCAUGCUUGAGAAGAAUUUCGUAGCCACUCUUACAAAUGUUCUGGCGGAAGUCGAUCUCAAUUAUCCUAAUAUCAAGGCUGUCGUUGCAGGAAUCUUGCGACCUCUCGAAUACUUGACCAAGGUUGCCAUACGAAUGAGCCGUGUUUCCGACAAACAUAAGGACACCCUUAUAGAGGAGCAUGAGAGCGUCGAUACUGACCUAUCAGAAGAUGAAGAAGAAGGUAUCGGCGCAGGCCGAGAGGAGACUCCUGACCUCUACCGUAAUUCAUCAUUGGGAAUGUACGCAGGAGAGAUGGAAGACGGCCAUUAUGGAGCUGAGGAUGAAAUGGAUGAAGACGAGGAGGAAGAGGAGGAGGAUGUGGAGAUGGACUAUGGCGACGAUACAGGCAGCGAGGAUACCUCUGAUACAGAUGGUGGGGAGGAGGAAGAUCUAGAGGAAGAUCUUGAGGAUGAGACUGGUGAGUCCGAGAAUCGUUGGCACGAGGAAGACGAGGAGGAGGAAGAGAAUUUGGUUGAAAACGAUGAGGGUAAUGAAGAUGAUGAAGAGGACGAUGGUGCCGAUGAUGAAGAUGUUGAUGAGGAGGUCAUGUGGCAGGAUGUCGGUGUCGGAGAGGAUGCAGGAGAUGACGGUGGCGACGAUGGCGACGAAGAGCCAGAUGACACCAUACCAAUAAUGGCUGCCGAUAUGGAAGAAGAAGGUGAUAUGAUGUCAGAAGCUGACGAAUUUGACGAGAUUGGUGCUUUGGAUAUUGCACACCAGCCACCCGCGCCGAAUGUUUUCGUGGGUCAGGCGGAGCCUUUCAUAUUUGACGGCUUCCCAGAAGGAAAUGCGCGUGAAGGACCACAACUCUUCUGGCAAAGCUCCACGCGUCCGACAAGACGGAGAGCAGAUGAUGACAUGGAUAACCUCUUUGGAAUUGGGCGAUCGCGCCAUACACCGCCCGGCCCCACACCUGAAGCAGCGGUUCACCCUCUACUUGUUGAUCCAUCGUCUGCAGCUGGUCGGGUCAGUGGUAACGCAAGAUCUGCUCGUAGGGUCCAUCGUUCUGCACUCCCUGGCAUCCCGCAAGGACUGCUUCAAACCAUCGAGAAUGCUAUUGGUGGUGGGGGAGGGGCAAUCAACCUUUUCCAGCAGAUUAUCUCCCAAGGUCGUGGUGCCGGAGAGACCAUACGAAUUGACCUCCCUCCUGGUGGCUUCUUACCUCCAUUCAUGCAUCGACAUGGCCGUCACGGUUUCUCUGCGUCCAUUCGGGUAGAAAGAGCUCCUCGUGGUGGCGAACGAUCUGAUCAUCGAAACUUCGAACCGUUGGUUACUUUGCAACGGUGGGCUGAAGAGGUAAAGACGCUUCACGGCAAAUUCGAACAAGAUCGUUUGUCAAGACUCAAUAAGCACGUGGCGCUGGCUCUCUUGCCAGCAGCAAUCGAGGUGGCCAAGCAGGCUAAACUAGAAGAGGAAAGGGAAGCGGAGAAAAUCCGGGAAGCUGAAGCGAAGGCUGAAGCAGAAGCUGCCGCCGCACGAGAAGCUGAAGAGGCCGAGAAGGCCAGGCAAGAAGCUUUGAAAGCUGAGGAAGCUGCAGCUGAAGAGGCAGCUCGAGCGGCCGAGGCUGGCGAACAAACUUCGACAGACCAAACAUCCACAGACGUGCAGAGGCCUGAUGUUGAUACUGAGAUGCUUGAUGUGCAAGGUGAAGCCCCAUCCGUGCCAGAAACGGCCCCUAUUGGCGCUCCCGAGGAACUCACUUCAACGGCCGAGCUUCCAGCGCCUGCUCAACCCUCACCAGCUGAACCUGGUUCGUCAACUGCACCUGAACGCGUCACUGUCACAAUUCACGGCAAUCCUGUUGAUAUAACGGACACCGGUAUAGACCCUGAGUUCUUAGAGGCUCUUCCAGACGACAUGCGUGAAGAGGUACUGAACCAACACGUUCGAGACCAGCGUGCGGCUAGAAUCGAGAGACCCGCAGACUCACAGAUCAGUCCAGAAUUCCUUGAUGCGCUUCCUCCCGAAUUGAGAGCGGAGAUCAUCCAACAAGAAAGCAUCGAACGAGCUCGGAGAACAGAGCAAGCCCCAACAACCCAGAACAUCCCUCCAGUUCCUGCCGAUAUUGACCCCGCUAGCUUCAUCGCGAGCCUUGACCCUCAGCUGCGUCAAGUGAUUCUUAUGGAUUCCGACGAUGCCUUGAUUCAAACGCUUCCUUCUCAUAUGAUCGCCGAAGCAGGGAUUUAUAGAGAGAAUCGUUUGAAUCAACCACAGCCUUCAAACGUCAAUGCGCCUACAAGAGGAGCGGCUUCGCAACCACAACACGCUCAGAAGCCGACUGUUGCCAGGGAUGCAAUUCAGCUUCUGGAUAAACCUGCGAUAGCUGUCCUGGUUCGGUUAUUGUUCUUCCCGGAAGUGCUCCGUAAGAACAUGCUCUCAAAAGUACUCGUCAACCUGUGCGAGAAUUCCAAGACGCGGACGGAUAUCUUCAACCUUUUGCUCAACAUCUUGCAGGACGGCACGGGCGAUUUGGCAGCCAUAGACAGGAGCUUUGCGCAGCUCUCAUUCCGAAACUCCCGACCACCCAACCAAGUUACACCAAAGGCGGCGGGAAAACAGCGAAUGCCAUCAGAUUACUUUACCCAUUUACCACAUCCUCAGGUGCAAAAUGAAGUCGUUCCCGAGUUGGUUGCCCAACGUUGCUUGGAAGCCUUGACGUAUAUCGUAGGAUCCAACGAAUUAUCGUCGCUGUUUUUCCUCACGGAGCAUGAACUGCCUGCUGGAUUGCGACGUAACCACUCGAAAAAGGGCAAAGGCAAGGAGAAACAGAUCCCUCAGACGCAUUAUCCGAUUGUGCUCCUGCUUGGUCUGCUGGAUCGGCAAUCCCUUCUCAAGACCCCGUCUCUCAUGGAAUCAGUCGUUUCUUUGUUAGCUCUUGUCACCCGCCCUUUGGUUGGCCUUCAAGAGCAGAAGACUGCAGAUGCGGAGAAGCAGGCUUCUACUAGUACGUCCUCACCACCGACCACUGCUGGCGAACCUCAGUCUGGUUCGGUACCUCAAGUUGCUCCUGUCUCGCCGCCUGACGCCACAUCAACUACAUCCGUCUCUGCGGCACCGCCUAUGGAGUCCGCGCCUCCUGGACCUGACAAUGCUGCCGCCGCCGUUGCCCCCACUUCCAGCACAGACAAAGCCAUGUUGCAACAUCCUCCAGUCAUUCCUCAUCAUGUUCUUCGAUUGGUUGUGAACAUUCUUACUGCCGGCGAGUGUUCUGGAAGGGCAUUUUCACACACACUAGCUCUGAUUCAACACUUGUCCAACAUUCCCGAAGCAAAGGAUGUGAUCGCUCAGGAGCUUCGCACCCGAGCCCAGGAAUUCGGUCAAAGCUUGUACAACGCUUUAGACGAGCUCGCUGGUGCUUUGCAGGAGUCUCGAACAGACGAUGUCACUGGCGCUGUCGCAUCCAAGUUCUCCCCAGCCUCUUCUGACCAGGCAAAAUUGCUUCGAGUUCUCAAGACAAUCGACUACAUGUACUCACCCAAACAAGCCACGUCCGCCACGAGUACUCCCGAUCAGGCUGACAUCGAGAAACUCCAGAGUAUAUAUGAGAGUUUCCGAUUCACCGCCUUGUGGAGGCGUCUGGGCGACUGUCUAGCUGUCAUCGAGGAAAACCCAGAGCUGGAGCAUAUUGCGACGGUGUUGCUUCCUUUGAUUGAAUCGCUGAUGGUCGUUUGCAAGUAUGUUGGUUCACACACUCCGAAUGGCACCGUUGCUCGCACCAUCCGUGCCUCCAUGUCUCCAAAGUCUCCACCGACCAAUCGCGAGUCCAUGGAAGAGUUGUUCGUCACUUUCACGGACGCUCACAGGAAAGUGCUCAACCUCAUGGUGAGGAACAACCCGUCCCUCAUGAGCGGGUCAUUCUCGCUGCUUGUACACAAUCCUCGUGUUUUGGAGUUUGAUAACAAGCGCAACUACUUCAAUCAACAACUGCAUCGCCGACCGCAUACUCGAGAACAUUACGGUACUCUCCAGCUCAAUGUUCGUCGUCAACGUGUCUUCGAAGAUAGUUUCCAAUAUCUCCAACGCAAGACUGGUGAUCAGAUCAAGUACGGGAAGCUCAGUGUGCGAUUCUACGACGAAGAGGGUGUAGAUGCUGGCGGUGUCACUCGCGAAUGGUUCCAGAUCCUUGCCCGCCAGAUGUUCGAUCCCAACUAUGCGCUCUUCCAGCCAUGUGCCUCAGACAAAUUGACAUACCAACCAAACAAGGCUUCAUACGUCAACCCAGAACAUCUUUCGUUCUUCAAGUUCGUUGGUCGUGUCAUCGGCAAAGCCAUAUACGAUGGACGUCUACUAGAUGCCUACUUCGCGCGAAGUUUCUACAAGCAAAUUCUCCACAAAGCUGUGGAUUACCGUGACGUUGAGGGUGUUGAUCCCGAAUACUACAACUCACUCUGCUGGAUUCUUGAGAACGAUCCUACUCCUCUUGAUCUGACAUUUAGUAUCGAGGCUGACGAGUUUGGUGUCACUAAGCUCAUAGAGCUGAAGGAAGGAGGUGCUGCAAUCCCUGUCACCAACGAGAACAAGCGAGAGUUCGUUCAACUCUCCGCUGAGUAUCGUCUGUACUCCUCGAUCAAGGAGCAAAUAGAGAGCCUGCUCACCGGUUUCUACGAGAUCAUUCCCAAAGAUUUGAUUCAGAUCUUUGACGAGAAGGAGUUGGAGCUGUUGAUUUCUGGCACCCCCGAUAUCGAUGUCGACGAAUGGCGAGCAGCCACCGAAUACAAUGGAUACACCAGCUCAGACCCUGUGAUCGUUUGGUUAUGGCGAGCACUCAAGUCCUUCAAUCGUGAAGAGAGAGCCAAGGUACUCAGCUUCGCGACGGGUACAUCUCGUGUCCCGUUGGGCGGCUUCGUGGAAUUACAGGGUGUGCAAGGAACGCAGAAAUUCUCCAUUCACCGAGCGUAUGGAGACACCGACCGAUUGCCCCAAGCACAUACUUGCUUCAACCAGAUUGACCUGCCACAGUACUCAUCAUACGAGAUGCUUCGACAACAGCUACUGCUAGCGAUCAACGAGGGUGGAGAAGGCUUUGGCUUUGCUUGAGCAUUGGAGUUGCUGGAUAGUUGACGAGUGACCCGACAUAUUACCUGUAGAAGCAACACAAUUCGCAAUGUAUAUUUACCAUCGCAAUGAUAUUCCUUUUGUAAUUUUAUAAUUGCAGUACUUUC